AUGGGAGCAACUACAAGGAAUGGAAAUGUGAGAUUGAUCUUUUUGUCUGCUAUGGUGAUGAAGAUUGGCAUGCCUACUGAGCCUACUGAAGAAUCCACGGAGGAAUAUGUCAAGGAUCAUGAGAAGUGGAAGAAAGCUAACAGGCUUGCUAUGUUGUUGAUCCAGAGAUCCAUGACUAAAACUGUCAGAGGAGGGAUUCCAGAAUGUGUCACUACAAAAGACUAUUUUGCUGCCAUUCAUGAGAAGUUUAAAGAGUCAGGGACGGCUCAAACUGGAAGCCUCCUAACCAGUUUGACCAAUAUGAAAUACGAUGGUGCUGGGAGUGUUCGAGAGCAUAUUCUGAAAAUGGGCAUUGCUAACAAGCUUGGAGAUCUAGUUGUGCCUCUAAAUAAUCAGCUGUUAGUCCACAUGACUCUUAAUUCCUUGUCAUCUAAGUACGAGCAGCUGAAAAUUAGCUAUAACACUCAGAAAGAAAAAUGGACUAUCAAUGAUUUGAUUUCCAUGUGUCCAAGAGGAACAGAGAAUGAAUGA